ACAAAAAUUAUCAACAAUGGUACACUGCUUACCAACUUACUAAACAAGAUCUUGAAGAAGCGAAGAAAAAAAUUGAGAAAUUAAAUGAUGAAUAUGAGGUGGUAAACAAGGAAAAUGAAAUGUACAAACGUGAAAAUGAUAUUUUGAGAGCCGAAAAGCGGUUGUUGGAAUAUGAAAAUAACGAACUAAAAGAAGAAAAUCAAGAAUUGAAGAGAAGGAGAAUUUAA